AUGUGUGAGUUGUCCCGCUGCGAGGAUCACAGCCUCUGCAUGUGGGCCCUAAUGGGACGCACCCUCCAGCUGCAGCCGGGGACGGGCUUCAGCAGCAGCACCGCAGAGAGUGGACACGGGCAAAACAUGAACUGCGAACUGCAGCGGGUCCAGGGUGGGGCUGACCACGGAGCGGAGAUGGGUGAGGAUGAGCCGCUCCAUGGUCUUCAUCAGGUGGGAGGUCAGUGCUCCAUGGUCUUCAUCAGGUGGGAGGUCAGUGCUCCAUGGUCUUCAUCAGGAGGUCAGUGCUCCAUGGUCUUCAUCAGGAGAGGCCUUUGUGAACUCACCGUUUCCCAGACACUUCCUCAGCCUGAUGCCGACGCUGGAGCUGUGAGUCUGGGCUUCUUCCUUCAGCCGUGCCCGGUACCACCUCCAUGGGUACCACCGUGUGCCAUGGCGGUGUGGGCGCUCACCUCUGACAUCAUCACUGUGAGACCACGCCACGGCUCUUCAGGGUACGAGAUGAUGCAGUGUCUGGCCCAGUCUGCAGGCCUGUCCUUUAUGGGCAACACAAACAAAUUACUUUAUUCUCCCAUUGUAGGCAACAGUUCGUGA